GCGAGAGUGGCGUCAGUCCAUCCGCGGAGCUCGUAGAAUGGCUUCGCUUCCGCUUCCACCCGCUGCCUCGGUCCGUCUCCCCUGCGCGUUACUCCGAAACUCCUUCCUUCCGCCCACUCUCUCCAACCUCCCUUCCAAGCUAAGACCCUUUCACUCUCCUUACUCUUCCGCUCUUUCAGUCUCUUGUUCAUUGCCCUCAGUUUCUGCCUCUGCCGCCGCCACCUCCUUUCCAUACUCUCAAAUCCAGCAACGGCAAUAUCCCGAGCAAGAAGAUCCAGUCAAUGGACGAGGAAGAGGAGAUUUGGAAGAACCGCGGCAAGAAGACGAUGAGGACCUCGUCAUUGGUGACUGUCUUGUCUUCGAAGAGGGCGCUUUCGAAGAGAACCCUUUCCGCAGCAACCAGCCGAAGCGGCACAAGGGGAGGGUUUCGAGUUCCGCGGAGGCAUCUGUUGGAGAUUCGAACAGCUUGGUCCCAGAGAAGUGGAAAGAGGUUGUGGAGGAGAUUAACUUGACGAAGAAAGAGAAGCGCAAGAUCGCGCACCAGGUCAGGUUCGGAAGCCGAUUGGAGGCGCGGAAGAAAACCCCCGUGCCGGAUAUGGAGGAGUACUUGGCCUACCGGGAGAUGAAGCUGUCGCAGCUUAAUCCCGUUGUGUUGGAUGACCCCAAGCGAUUCCCACGUGGGGCUGUGGUACUAAAGGAGCCGGGCGAGCAUAGUGGAAGGGUGGCUCCGAGGAACCCUAGACUGGCGAUUCACGAGGAAACUAUGGAGGACAUUACGGAAUUUUUCAAUAGUGGGGAUUACGUGCCUGGGGAGAGAAAUGAUGACAAGAAGCCGCACGGUCGUCGCAAGCUAUUCACAAAAGAAGAAAAGGUUCUUCUCAAUAAACGCAUUCCUAGUUUGGCUGAAGCAACUUCGAGGAAAUGGCUACCUGUGCACACUCUUGCAUCUUCCGGAGAGUUUUAUCUUUUGGAUUUGUUGCUGAAGCACAGUGUUGAUAUUAAUGCUGUUGAUGAGGAUGGCUUAACAGCAAUUCAUAAAGCUAUAAUUUCCAAGAAACAUGCCAUUACUAGUUACCUUUUGAGAAAUUCAGCUAAUCCUUUUGUACGUGAUAUGGAUGGUGCUACUUUGAUGCAUUAUGCCGUGCAAACUGCAUCAAGUGAGAGUAUAAAGAUUCUUCUUCUAUACAACGUUGACAUUAAUCUGGCUGAUGAUGAUGGAUGGACACCGUUGCAUCUUGCUGUGCAAACUCAAAGAACAGAUAUCGUGAGGCUUCUUUUGAAAAAAGGAGUUGAUACGACCCUAAAAAAUAAGGAUGGGUUGAGACCACUGGAUCUCUGCCUUUAUUGUGGCCACAAUGUGAGAACUUUCGAAAUUAUCAAGUUGCUGAAGGAGGUACCAAAUUUCAACUUACAUGGAUAAUGCCGGUUUAUCCAGGAAGCUUCGUAAAGCCUCUUCAUUUGCCAUUUCAUCAUUCUUUGCAGUGGGCAGAUGCUACCGACCUCGUUCUGGUUAGAGCAGGCUAUAUCUCCGGAUUGGAUUACUGGAAUAUGCUUAUGGCUUUGUUUGGGGCGGCUUUUUUCUUGCUGCUUAAAGCAGUUUUCUACUAGAAAGCUGUUUUAAGAAGCACUAAAAAAGCCGUCCCAAAUGAAGCCUAUGAGAUGGGGAAUGAUGCUCCGAGUAAGCCAACCUAUUUAAAAUCUGUGUAUAAUUUAGGCAAUAAUUUCCUAUUAACAGAUUGAUGCUAGCAUCUUUUGCCUUCAUUGAGUUGUUUCUGUUAUUGAUGUCAAAUAUAGCAGUGAAAAGAGUUGAAGAUAGAGAUUUACUACACAGCAGGUGCUGAAUAUCAAGUCGAGUUGCCUGGUAAUUUUCUAGUUUGUGUGAAUUUUGUCUGCUAUUGUAUAUUUAGUUCAUUUUUUUCACAAAUGUUUGACGGUCAGUUUAUACGUACAUGGAUCACUUAAAUUUCUCUUCGGCUGGCGCAUGCCAUACGGUAAUAUGUAUGGCUUGAGAGUUUAAUAGCCUGAUUUGCCAUCUUGAGCUAGGCAUCCUCAUUCAGAUUGAUAAAAGUUAGCCUGUUCCUU